AUGUCCUUCUUUCAGUCCCUCUCGUCCAUGUUUGGGCGCGCGCAGCCGCGCCCAAACUCGCAAGACUCGUUCCAGCUCCCCACGACACAGUACACACAGGGCUUGAAUCCCGGCUCGGGCGCACUCGACGCAACUCCUGGACCAAGUCGGCGCACUAGCUACCAGCCGCAGUCGGGGCAGUACCCUCCAAAGACGGCCCAACAACACCCACCUUUGUCACACACUUUCCACCGCUUGCGCAAUGCGCUCGUUGACGACUUUCCCGAGCUCCUCGACUCGCUUAACCCACCCGCGUCGCAGGCAACUAUUGCCAGCAUCGAGCAAGAGCUCGGGGGGCCGCUGCCUCCAGCGGUGCGCGAAUACUUCUCGGUGGUGGACGGGCAGGACCUCGAAUCAAACGGCGCUGGCAUCUUCUACGGGCUCUAUCUCCUUCCUCUCGACGAGGUCAUGAGGGAAUGGCACUUUUGGCGCCAGGCCGAGGCCGACCCAUCGACAGGCAGCAAUCCUGCCGUGCUUGCGACCAUGGCCUCUAUACCCCCCCAGUGGGUGAAGAGCCUGUACGCUUGCAAGGGCUGGCUGCCACUGCUGUCCGACCGGUCGGGCAACUAUGUUGGUGUCGACCUCGACCCAGGGGCACAGGGCCAGUGGGGCCAGGCGAUCAUCUUCGGCCGCGACUUUGACCGCAAGUGUGUCUUGUGGCGCGGCGAGGGCGAGUCGGGAUGGGCCAAGUGGGUGUCGAGCGUUGUCGAGGAGUUCGAGAGCCACGAAGGCUGGGAGGUCGACAAAACGUCGGACGACGAAGAAGAGAUUGGUUACAGCUCGUACUCUGGCGCCAACGUCUACGGUGACGGUGGCCACACAAUGCGGCUCACUGGCGAGUACAAGGGCUGGAACGUACUCGAGGCGUGGUGGGACAAAAGCGUACGCAAAUGGGAGGGCUUGGGUCUUGGCAUGGACGUCACGGAGAUUGAGCGAGGGCUCGCGGAGGCCCGCCGGAUCCACGAGGAGUCCUCAAAAGGCAAAGGCAAGGAGUCGGCCCGCAACAGCGUCGAGGUCGCCGGUAUCCGCGCCAACCAACGAACAGCCGAUUCUGAGAUUCCCGUUCUUGCGGCUGUCGCUGCGUCACCCGAACACUCUCCCGCGAUUCCGCAGGGCGGGGAAGACAGUCAGACCCUCCUUCCGCCGACGUCUCCUGAAGUCUCGGCCAUCCCCCGUAUCCUCCACCCCAAGGGCACGCCCACGCGGAGUACGAUGACGAGCCAUCCGCUCGAGUCGCCCACGUCGGGAACAACUUCACCGAGCACGUCGUCUACCGCGGCCACCGACUUCCUCGUGCCGCCCUCGCAUCGCGCGUCAUCCAGUCGCCAACAGCAGCGUCGCUCGCGCCCCCCACCGCCGGCGGCAGUUCUUGACUUGCCGACGCGCGCCGAUGUACAGGCAGCUCAGGCUGUGGCCAACGCUGAAGCACGAGGUAUGCGGGGCGGGUGGGUGAUGAAUCUCGACGCCACGAGUAACGUCGCCAACCGGCGACGGACUCAUAACAUCUCACCGUCGCUCGACGCUGAGAUGGUGGACAUUGAUCUCGAGGGUGGGCGGAUGGAGGCGUUUGGUACGCCGCCAAUGAGCGCAGUGGAGGAGGAGAAGCAGCAGCUGGAGGACAAGCUGAGUAUGGCGCCAAUCGAGCAGCGGCGGGACACGCGCUCCCCCUCGCUGCUGGGCAUGUCGCGCACUCCGUCGCCACUGGCGCAGCAGACGAGCCCGCCUCCGGCGCAGCAGACGUCGCGGCCGGGCUCGACCGCCUCGCCUCCUCAACCAAAUCGACAGGGCUCUGGAUCACAGCGGUGGUCCUCGUCGUCAUCAUCUGAGGCGCACCGCUCCCUCGUCUCGCCCAUCGCGACGCCGCCGCUCCGCGCCCCCUCCCCGUCGGCGCUUCCGCCUAACCUGGCCGCGGUAGCUGAGGCCGCGAUCCGCCGCCCCGAGCCGGUUGUGGGGUACCGAUCCGUCUCGCCCGUGCCGGAGGACUGGCACGAGCGGGAGGUAAUCAGAGGCGCGAACGACCGGCGCCGUUCAUCAGUAACGCCGACGGGCGUGAUGACGCCGUCCAGAGGCGACAGCAUGAUGUCGGCUGAUAGUGAAGGCGCGUUGCUCGAGAAGGACGAGCGAGGGACGGCGUCGCCGCCGAAUGGGCACGGGCACGUGGUGACGCCCACGGCGGCCACGUUCAAGCGCAAGGACAUUGCCGAGGCGCUGGAGGAGGUCAGCCUGUAG